AGUGAACGCACAAAAAACUGAAGUAAAAAGAUAAAACCAUGAGUGAACGGAAAUUACAGUGAGGAGGAUUAAGACAGAGAGUUGGAGUUCCAGUGUGAGGGGACUGAUAGAGGAUGGCGGUCUCCCGUGCCCUGUGGGUGUUUUUCAGCAUUCUGUUGCUUUCACUUGUGGUUGCAGUCACUUUCACUGUGAUCCAUGUUCUGAGGCAACAGAAGUCGUGUUCAGGAGGGUUCCGUCAUGGAACAGUGGCUGCAGACUCCAGGGUGUGCUCUAAUAUUGGAAGAGAUAUUUUGAAGCAAGGAGGGUCUCCUGUGGAUAGUGCUAUAGCAGCUUUGCUGUGCACUUCGGUGAUUAACCCACAGAGCAUGGGACUUGGGGGAGGUGUGAUAUUCACAAUAUACAAUGCUUCAACAGGACAGGUAGAGGUUAUCAAUGCACGAGAAAGGGUCCCAAGUCGAUUAACUCCAGGCUUUAUGGAGCCAUGCAAAAUACCCUAUCCAGUAAGACCUGGGGUGCAGUGGAUCGGAGUACCAGGUGAAAUCAGGGGUUAUGAAGAGGCUCAUCGGACAUAUGGACGCUUGCCAUGGAAAUCUCUCUUUGAACCAACUAUUCAAUUGAUAACAGAAGGAGUAAAGGUUUCGUCAGUCUUACACAGGUUCUUGAGUUUUAGCAUUAUCAAACCGAAAAUUCAGGAAAGCUCUUUAUGCCAGCUGUUCUGUAAGGGCACAGAGGUGUUAGAAAUUAAUGAUACCGUGAAUUACACCCAGCUGGCACACACUCUUCGAAUACUGGCAGAUGAAGGAGCGGACAGCUUCUACCAAGGGAAAGUGGCACAGGGAAUGUUAAGAGAUCUCUGGGAUCAAGGCAGCAAUCUGACAUUAGAUGAUUUCCGAAAUUACAAAGUAGAUAGAACAAAAGCUCUGGUUAUGCCUCUGGGAGACUAUACGCUGUACUCGGCGCCCCCGCCAGCUGGAGGUGCUGUGCUAAGUUUUAUUCUCAAUAUUCUUCAAGGGUAUAACUUUAGUGCACAUUCCAUGAAGGAUGUGAAUGCCAAGACUGAGACCUACCACAAAAUUGCUGAAGCCUUAAAAUUUGCAAAUGGACAAAAGGCUAGACUGGCUUUAUCCCAAACACAAAAUAACGUUAAACAGAUUACUACAUCCCUGCUGUCGCCGAGCUUUGCACAGGACAUCCGCCGACGGAUCGAUUUAUCAGGCAAUCACACGCUCAGUUACUAUGAUGUUUCGACACCCCAAGGGGAGACCUAUGGGACCUCUCAUGUGUCUGUCAUUGGCCAAGAUGGGAGCUCUGUGUCUGUCACCAGCUCAAUCAACCACGUAUUUGGUUCUUUGGUUUAUUCCGCCAAGACUGGAAUUAUCUUCAAUAACCAGUUGGCUGAUUUCUGCUCAACUUAUCCCAGGAAUCAGGAUCCCUUACAAGGGGAGCAGCCCCCAUCUUCCAUGUCCCCCAGCAUCCUCCUAUCCCGUGACAAAAAAUCUCAGCUGGUUAUAGGUGGUUCCGGAGGAAGCAUGAUCAUAGCUGCCACUGCUUUGUCUAUUAUGAAUAAACUUUGGUUUGGAAACAACCUGAGUGAAGCCAUCGCAGCCCCCAUUCUCCAUGUAAAGGCUGAUAAUGCACUUGUUUUUGAAAGUUCUUUUGAUCCGAUUGUAAAGACAAAUCUGAACGAGAAGGGUCAUAAAGUAGUUGAAUAUUUGUAUUUCAUGAAUGUUGUCCAAGGGGCAUCUCAAGAAGGAGAGUGCCUCUUUGGGCAGUCUGACCUGAGAAAGAGUGGCAGCGCUGCCGGUUAUUAGGUCUUGAAGGCAGCUUUCCAAUCAUUGUAUGAACCUGCAUGGUCAGAACAAGAGUAAAGACAUUCUCUGGACUAUGAAAAAAAGGAUGUGACAAAUCAUGACUAACCAUUACAGCACAGGAUAAUGGACCAUGAAGGGUAAAGACGCCUUGCUAAAAGACUUGAGUCUCAAAUAUGUUUUUUAUUUUUUUAUUUUUUUUUAUCUCUUAAACUGAGAAGACAUGUAUUUUAUAAUUCAUAUUUGGACAGUCUGUCACCAGGAGAUUGGACUUGCUUGAUGCAUGUUAAAUUGCUGAUCACCAGCAGACCGUCACCUUCCAUUCCAUUUUAUUAAAGGAACAGUACAGCGUAAGAAAUACAAGUCUGUAUUCCUAACGCUAUAGUUUUUCUGUCCCUGCAAAAAAAAUAAAUUGUUUUUAAAAAUGAAAAUGGAUUUACCUUGUUCCAGCGCUAAGGCUUCCUUGGUGCUGCUCAGCUCUCCUUCAUCAUGGAAGAGGCAAGGCCUCCUCCGUUGUGAUCCAAUCCAAUGCUUUUCAUGUUUAAGCGCUUCUAGUGGACUCUGUGAGUGGACAAAUGCAGGCAUUCCCCGGCACGCACAAAGAAAAGGACUUGCAGUAGCGCUGCAGAUACUAGAUUUGCAGCUGUUGCUAAUUAAAAUUCUAUAUACCCUCAAAGAAAACACGAAAAACAAAUUUCAAGCAAAUUAUUUUUUAAAUGUAUUUUAAAAAGUUUUUGGUUGGUAUAACUACUGAAGUUUUUUUUUUUUAACGUAGUGUUCCUUUAACAUGCAGUAGUUUUGGUGUUUAGCGUCCCUUUAAUAUUUUAAACAUGUGCUCAGCACUCGCUGUAUAUGUUGCCAUCACUUUACUGUUAUAGAAGGUUGAUUGACAACUCCCUGCAAGUCUCAUACCAUCAUAUAUAAUGGUAUCACAAAUGUUAUUCCCAGAGGAAUACAGACCCUACUAACCUUGUAUUGUCUGUGCUGAAUGCUGAUACUUUGUGGUGGAGGAGUGGCAGACGUCUGGCUGGAUAUAGGAUCUUCUCCUGUGACAUCCAGCCGUCUGCAGAGGUAUUCUUUGCUUUUAUACAUACCUUGUUCCUUUUGCUGCAAAUGCUCCCUCUUCAGGUGUAAUCUCAGGAGUGGGCUGGAGUAGAGAUACACAGCACCGAUGUCUGAUUUACUGUAGAGCUCUGUGUGCAGCUAUGCCAUUUCAAUACUAUAGGCCUUGGCAGUUUACCAAUAUAGAUUGGUUUGGAAACCGACAUUAGGAGAGCAUGUAAAUGGGAAUGGGCUGAGACAUGGCAGCUGUCAUAAAAGUAGGAGUACUAUGUGGGAAGUGAUCUAAAAGGAAGAUUUAGGCAUUAAAUCAUCAUCAUCAUUAUUAUUAUUUUUUAAUAUAUAAUCAAAAGUUUAAAUGGCUAUUCAGCAUGAGAGAUGUAAAAGUUUCCUGUAUGUUUGUAGAUGUGAUAGUUAUGGUGCCGGGAGUGUCUUGGCAGCCUGCCCAAUGUAAGGAAUCAAACUGUUUGGUAACUUGACUUCUUAACUGGGUCUGCCAUUCACCAAUCCACACCUACUCUUUGCUGGAAGAACUAUUAGAAGGUCUUAAGCAAGUUCUGCAGUGCAGGGCCUUCUCAUUGCGGAGCACAUCAGUUGAUCGCUCUCAGCCAAUGAGCGAAGCCAUGCACCACCAGGCUUAGAAGAUAGUUUCUGGCAGAGAGUAGGUGUGGAGCUGAACCCAGAGAACUCCAGGUAAGAAGUCAAACCUUUGAUAAAUAGAUUUACUCCUUACAUUGAGUGUGCUAUGAUGGUUAUGGUGCUUUAAGCAAAAGGAAGAAUGAGCUUGCAUGACAGUCGAAUAAAGUGUAAGUAGGGUUGUAAAUAAUUGAGAGUGGGAUUAAAUGGAAGGGUAAUGGGAGUACUAAUCCACACCAAGUUUAGACCACCCAGGUGCAUUAUAUAUACAAUGAAUAUAAAAAAGAUAAUUACUUCCUUUUUGAUUUGGUAUAAUAAAGGAUUUCUCUCAAUCCUCAAUAUAAAUGAAAAAGUAAGAUAUACCUAAUCACAUAAACAGAGAAAAAAAUACCUCAUGGGGCAAUAAUGUUAAACAACAAUCAGCCCCUUAUUUCAAUGUUGCCCUCACAAAUUGGAUGAAUAUUCAGGCUCAUCAAUAAUGCAUGGACUAUCACAGGUUCACCAUCUCUCAGAUAUCCAGUGAUGCAUGAAAAGGAAUAUAAAUAGACCUAGUACAGCGCUGAUGUAAAGUAAAAUCACACGCUUUAAUAAAUGAUAAUAGGAGUACUACAGUAAAGGUAUGGGAGUCCAGUGAGUACUUGGCAUGGUGAGAAUAAAUAGUAAGAACUGCAUACCUCUUACCUUUCACUACCAUGAAUCAUUGUCAAGUCGCAGAGGCUUCUCAGUGGUUAUCUGAAUGCGUUUUCAGAACAUAGUCAACAUGUGGACUGAAGAUGGACUGGCAUGAAGAAAGGGGGCUGAGACCAGUUUGACUGUUAGUAGGGUUGCCUUGGUAGCAGAAAAAAAAGAGUGGACCACAGUAGAGGCUCAAAAAUGCAAGUAAGCAGGGCACAUUUAAUAUAUAAUCUCACAUUGUGUCAAUAAGACUGUUGGCAGCCACAACUCAUGAAGAACUUCCAGAUUUUUUUCUUUCAACUGCCAGAUUCUAAUUAUU